AUGAUCCUUGACGCUGCCUUGAAGACUCUUCAAACCGAACCAGCAACGAUACAGAGAAAGCCCGAGUUUCCAUCUUUAAAAGGCAGUGCCAUCCAUGGACCCUGGAAACCAGGAAGGACAGUGAGCUAUGCAAUCCAAUAUAAAUUCAACAACAUUUUAUCCAAAUUUGGUGAAUUCAAGAAAGGAUUUCCUCUAGCGGAAAGCAUGGCCAAUCCUAAAAUACAUGUCCCGUCAGCUCCAUCUAGAGUAACAAGUCGUUUGGUUUUCCGAAAGUUUGACAACGAAAAGCCAGAAUAUGUGGGAACCAUUGCUGGCAACAAGCCGACUUACUUCCAAGACAUCGACAAGGACCUAUUCAAUGCGGCUGGGAGUCUCAAUGAGGAUCUGGGUAUGAUUGAAGUUAGAUACCUUUUGAAUUUAGGAGCAAAUAUUUCAGCCAAAUUUGAUGAUUACAUGACUGCUCUGCACAAAGCGUCUGCAGCUGGAAAUAACCGGGUCGUGGAAAUAAUAUUGGAAGCAGGUGCCAACUUAAAUGCUCCAGAUCUUCAUGGUCGCAAACCAAUUCAUCUCGCUGCAGAAACGGGAUAUGUGGAAACUAUGAGAAAACUGUUUUCAUUGGGUGCUGAUGUGAACUCCAAGACCAGAGAUGAUCUAACUCCUUUGCACAUCGCAGCUCUUUAUGGCAAUGGAGAUAUUUUACAAUACCUCUUGACUUUAAAGGAUAUAGAUGAAAAUGCAGUCUCGAAGGAAAAUUUUACAGCUUUGCACUUGAGUGUUUUGGCUGGGCAUUUUUCUGCGACCAGCAUCUUGGCUGAUAAUGAUGGUGUGAAUGUCAAUGCACCAGAUAGGAAAUCUUUCACUCCACUCCAUCAUGCUGUGGCUACUGAAAAUAAAGAAAUAUUGAAAUUAUUACUCCAAAAUCCAAGAGUAAACGUCAAUGCAAAAGCAUCAGAUGAUUUAACUGCGCUCCAUUUAGCUGCCACAUCAGGCAAUAAAGAGAUUGUGGACAUACUUUUGACUCAAGGCAACGUCAACAUGAUGUCCAAGAGUAUUGGUGGAUUUACAGCAUUGCACAUGGCUGCAGCAAAUGGACAUUCUCAAGUUGUACAGUCAUUCCUAUGCAGGAUGUCAAUGUAUUCAUCACAAAUGGUCAAUUCCAUAUCUGCUGAAAAAUGGACUCCACUUCACUUGGCGAUAUCCUUCAAGCAUGAUCGAAUCAUUUCACAUUUUCUCCUACACUCUAACAUAGACAUCGAGGCCAAAGCAGAGGGCGGUUUGACUCCUCUGCAUUUAGCUGCUGGUACUGAUCAGGCAAAAAUUGUGGCAAAACUUAUGCUGUUGGAAGCCAAUUUGGAAGAGCAAUCGGAUCUUGGUUUGAGAGCAUUACAUUAUGCUGCCUGGUAUGGUAGGAAGAAUGCUGCAUCCAUUUUACUCAAAGAAGCUGAUGUCAAUGCCAAAGCACCAUUUGGUCUCACUCCACUCCACUUAGCUGUCAUUGGGAAUCAUGUCAACGUUGUUGAACAACUGACAGCAAGUGCAAAUAUACAAAUUCACAGUGCUACCGAAAGUGGGGUUAAUGCUCUGCAUUUUGCUGCCGUUAUUGGGAACAAUGCCAUCGUGAUACAUCUUUUACGACAUGGAGCUGAAGUGAAUGCGAAAGACAAGUUUGGAAUGACCGCAUUGGAUAUGGCAAUUGAGAACAAACAAAAUUCGACAUCCAAUCUGCUGAAGUUACAUGGAGGAAAAUCCUCAAUGUGUUUUGAAAUUGUUAACAUCAAUGAGAAAAAUGAGGAAGGUUUUACAUUGCUACAAGUUGCUGCACAAAGAGGCGACCUUAGCAGAGUGCUUGAGCUGGUAUCGUGUGGCGUUGAAGUAGGUGCAUUCAGUAAUAAUGGCAGCAAUGCAUUGCAUGAAGCUGCAUAUUUUGGAAGAAGAGAUGUUGUUGCCGCUCUUAUUGAUACAGGAAUUGAUUUAAAUGCAAAAAGAGCUGAUGGUUGGGCAGCCAUUCAUAUAAGUUGUUUAGCGAACAAUCCAGUGCCAAUACUGAGAAUAUUAUUGCAGAAGGGAGUUGAUGUCAAUUCAGUCACAAAUGAUGGCAAGACUGCUUUGGAUAUCGCGGUUAAGGAAGGAAAAACUUCUGUUGAAGCCUUUCUUCGGUCCCAAGGAGGAAAAAGUGGCAUUUGUCUCCGUCCUGAGACAGUGGAUCUGCGUGAUAGCGAUGGUCUGACAAAGCUCCAUAAAGCAGCUCGCGAUGGAAGUAUAACGGAUGUGAAAAACUUGAUUGGUUGUGGUGCUAAUGUUCAUGUCCUUAACCACCAUGGCAGUACGGCUCUUCAUGAAGCUGCUUACAAUGGAAGAGAUGAGGUAAUUGCUGAGCUGUUGAAGGCUGGGGCAAAAAUCAACCAGCAGAAAGAGACAGUAAAUGGCUGGGCUGCAAUUCACAUAGCAUCAAUCAGAGGGCAUCGGAGUACAGUGACCCUUUUGCUGGAAAGAGGAGCAGACAUUAAUCUGGCAACCUUUGGCAAGCAAACAGCCAUCGAUGUUGCUGAAAAUAAUGGACAGGAGGAAAUAACCAGUUUGCUGAAGCAACGUGGCGGUCUGGCCUUUGAUUGUAUUGGACUGAAAAACAUCAACAAGAAGGAUUCAAAAGGGUGGACUCCCCUUCAAUAUGCAGUCCAUGAUGGGAAUCGUGAAAAAAUCAAGACGCUUCUGAAGUGCGGCGCUACACAAAACAUCUUGGAGCUCCUGCCUUCAGGAGUUGAUCCCAACGCGGAAAAGAAGGAACUGGCAGCUGCAUUCAUCGCGGCUGUCACCGAAGGAAAACUGUCAGUUGUUAAGGCACUCCUUCAGAAAGGGGUUGAUGUAAACAUGAUGUCGGCUGACGGCAAUAGCCCUUUGGACAUUGCUCUGUAUAAUAGGCAUUACGAUGUGGCAGAUGUCCUGAUAUCAUAUGGUGGAAUUUAG